AUGGAAGAGAAUAAGCAACUGAAGGCAGGGAUGUAUUCAGCUGGAGAACUUCAUAGAACUCCCACCACCUCUGCCAAAGCCGAGUAUUUCCUGCGCUACACGGUGGUCAGGGACCUCGUGGCUCAGAUACAGUCUCCCAAUCCUGCCAGUGUUCUCGGGGAUGUCCACCCAUUCCUGGUGGAGUCCAGCACCCACUUCAGUCACAUGGUAGAGAAACAAUGCCUGUCUCCAGGGAACGCCAUUCCUGUCCCACCUUUCUUUGAUGAUGAGGUGGAGUGGAAGUAUAACCACCAUUUCCUGGAGGCCCUAGUAAAGAUAUCAUAA